AUGGAGUAUUUACCUGCUCAUAUAUAUGAAAGCAACUGCUCCGAGUGUCCAUAUGUAGGUCUUCACAAGUUGAGAAUUAGGACGUGGAUCUUCGAAAUUGAUUUCACCCUCAGUUGGGUGAACUCCUUCAUUUCUGUGAGUGCUUGUAACACUCCAGAGUUCAGCAUGGAUGCAAACUUAAAAAUGGUCGAUGAUGAGAUGAAACAACACGUGCGAAACAGAAGAGUUGACCAAAGGCAAAGCAACUUGCUGACAAGAGAUGAGGGCCCCAUGUAUCCCAGAGUUAAGGUGAGGGGACAAGAAGAAUAUGAUGAUCAAUUUGAAUACGGAAAGAGGUCUUUGCAGUCUUUAAAGGUUCCUGAAUUUCUGUCUUCAAGUGAUUUCUCUUCUCCAGACGAUUCUCCUACUUCGGUUGUGAGAGUGCCUCAAUUGGAUAGUUCGUAUCCAGGAGCAAUGAACGAUAGGAAACCAAAAAUUUUAGAAGAAAACGGUGCAAGUUUCAAAGCUAAUCCGGUUUUUAGACCACGUGCAGUCUUAUCCAGUCCAGAUAAUGAUCAAAUAUUUGGAAGCAAAAACAAAACAAGAGGAGAAUCAUCUCCUUGCUCCAAAAAGAAUGGCUCUAUUCCAAGUAGACAUACAAAGUGUAAAGUUGUCCGAGGACCUGUUACUGCUGAUGGUCCUCUUAAUACAAGAACAGAUGUUAAAGAAGUGGUCGCUAGGAGAAAUAUUUUUCAAAGCAAACAAAGGACAGCUACCCCUGAUCCAAGCCUGAAAGUCUCGAAAGGAAAUCCAAAGCCAAUUCAGGAUGGAGCACUCAGGAAAUCACCAAUGACAAAAAGAUAA